AUGGCGGCUCAAACGUCCUUAGCGGAUCUUACGGCAGACUGCUUCGCGCACUGCUGCCGAUGGCUCUCUCCCCGCGACCUCGUGAAUCUCUCCUUUUGCUGCUCGUCGCUUCGCCAACUUGCCAAUAGCGAUGCACCGUGGGCAUGCUACGUGGCACAUCAGGAAGAGCUACCCCGUCAGGCUGCGCUCCUCUCGGGAUUCCGUCAGGCCUUCAUAGAGCGCCACGUGGCAGCACAGAAGCUGCAGAUCGCCGACCCUGCCACGUGCGCAUGGCCCCUGUCUGGGGACGCAAGGGGGGACGCAGCCGCAGCAGGAGGCGGAGGAGAGGGGGACGGGGGAGGGGAAGGCGCGGCAGCAGCAGCAUGGGGAUGGGGUGGGCCAGGGGGAAGGGGAGGGGGAGUUAGGGGGGGAAGAGGUGUGGGGCAGGGCGGCGGGGGGGAAGGGGAAGCGCAGAAGCCUGUGAGCGCAGUGGUGGCGCUACAGGGGGGCGGAGGCCUUUCCGCCAUCCCUGCUUUAUCCUCAGUUUCAGUCCCAGGCGCUGGGGAGGGUGAUGAGUGGGAUGAGGAGGGAGGGGAGGAAGGGGAGGGGAGGGGGAAGGAGGGGAGGGAAGGCUGGCAUCAUGUGGUGGCAGUGCAGGGCUCUAACAUUCUCCUGUGGGGAGCAGCACCAGCAGGACGGGUGCAGAUGUCAGCAGUGCUCACGGCACACAAGGGCCGCAUCACAGCGCUGCUCCCAGUGGACCUCUCGCCCUUCCCUGCCGCUGCCCGCCUCGCCCCGCCCCUCCCCGCCCACACCUUCCUGCUCUCCACCAGUCUGGACCGCACUCUGCGCCUCUGGGGCAAGCCCCUAGCCCCUCAUCCCGCCCCGCCCCUCCCCGCCCACACCUUCCUGCUCUCCGCCAGCCUGGAUCGCACUCUACGCCUCUGGGGCAAGUCUGGACCGCACUCUACGCCUCUGGGGCAAGCACCUCACGCCCUUGCUUCCUCCCGUGAUAUACCACCCUCUCUGCCCUCUGCUGCCCUCUCCACCUUUCGCCACCUCCUUCCCUUUCUCCCCUUUGCUGCCCCACCCAGACCACCUGUCUGCGCUCCUUCUCAGGGCACACAGGCCCCAUCCUCUGCCUCUCAGACCGCAUCAUCGGCACCUCACACCCUUGCACGGGGAGCAACAGUGAUGCUUCGAGCGCAGCUAUCCCUUCCUCUACUUCCUCGUCCUCCUUCCUUCCGUGCGUCGCGACUGGAGGCAGCGACAGCACCGUUCGUGUCUGGUCCCUCCUCCAUCAGGUAUGUGGUCCCUCCUCCCAUCAGGUAUGUGGUCCCUCCUCCCAUCAGGUAUGUGGUCCCUCCUCCCAUCAGGUAUGUGGUCCCUCCUCCAUCAGGUAUGUGGUCCCUCCUCCCAUCAGGUAUGUGGUCCCUCCUCCCAUCAUGGUAUGUGGUCCCUGCCCGUCUCCCAUCAGGUAUGUGGUUCCCUCCUCCCAUCAGGUAUGUGGUCCCUCCUCCCAUCAGGUAUGUGGUCCCUCCUCCCAUCAGGUAUGUGGUCCCUCCUCCCAUCAGGUAUGGUGGUCCCUCCUCCCAUCAGGUAUGUGGUCCCUCCUCCCAUCAGGUAUGUGGUCCCUCCUCCAUCAGGUAUGUGUGUCCCUCCUCCCAUCAGGUAUGUGGUCCCUCCUCCCAUCAGGUAUGUGGUCCCUCCUCCCAUCAGGUAUGUGGUCCCUCCUCCCAUCAGGUAUGUGGUCCACUCCUCCCAUCAGGUAUGUGGUCCCUCCUCCCAUCAGGUAUGUGGUCCCUCCUCCCAUCAGGUUCCAUGUGGUGUGGUCCCUCCUCCCAUCAGGUAUGUGGUCCCUCCUCCCAUCAGGUAUGUGGUCCCUCCUCCCAUCAGGUAUGUGGUCCCUCCUCCCAUCAGGUAUGUGGUCCCUCCUCCCAUCAGGUAUGUGGUCCCUCCUCCCAUCAGGUAUGUGGUCCCUCCUCCCAUCAGGUAUGUGGUCCCUCCUCCCAUCAGGUAUGUGGUCCCUCCUCCCAUCAGGUAUGUGGUCCCUCCUCCCAUCAGGUAUGUGGUCCCUCCUCCCAUCAGGUAUGUGGUCCCUCCUCCCAUCAGGUAUGUGGUCCCUCCUCCCAUCAGGUAUGUGGUCCCUCCUCCCAUCAGGUAUGUGGUCCCUCCUCCCAUCAGGUAUGUGGUCCCUCCUCCCAUCAGGUAUGUGGUCCCUCCUCCCAUCAGGUAUGUGGUCCCUCCUCCCAUCAGGUAUGUGGUCCCUCCUCCCAUCAGGUAUGUGGUCCCUCCUCCCAUCAGGUAUGUGGUCCCUCCUCCCAUCAGGUAUGUGGUCCCUCCUCCCAUCAGGUAUGUGGUCCCUCCUCCCAUCAGGUAUGUGGUCCCUCCUCCCAUCAGGUAUGUGGUCCCUCCUCCCAUCAGGUAUGUGGUCCCUCCUCCCAUCAGGUAUGUGGUCCCUCCUCCCAUCAGGUAUGUGGUCCCUCCUCCCAUCAGGUAUGUGGUCCCUCCUCCCAUCAGGUAUGUGGUCCCUCCUCCCAUCAGGUAUGUGGUCCCUCCUCCCAUCAGGUAUGUGGUCCCUCCUCCCAUCAGGUAUGUGGUCCCUCCUCCCAUCAGGUAUGUGGUCCCUCCUCCCAUCAGGUAUGUGGUCCCUCCUCCCAUCAGGUAUGUGGUCCCUCCUCCCAUCAGGUAUGUGGUCCCUCCUCCCAUCAGGUAUGUGGUCCCUCCUCCCAUCAGGUAUGUGGUCCCUCCUCCCAUCAGGUAUGUGGUCCCUCCUCCCAUCAGGUAUGUGGUCCCUCCUCCCAUCAGGUAUGUGGUCCCUCCUCCCAUCAGGUAUGUGGUCCCUCCUCCCAUCAGGUAUGUGGUCCCUCCUCCCAUCAGGUAUGUGGUCCCUCCUCCCAUCAGGUAUGUGGUCCCUCCUCCCAUCAGGUAUGUGGUCCCUCCUCCCAUCAGGUAUGUGGUCCCUCCUCCCAUCAGGUAUGUGGUCCCUCCUCCCAUCAGGUAUGUGGUCCCUCCUCCCAUCAGGUAUGUGGUCCCUCCUCCCAUCAGGUAUGUGGUCCCUCCUCCCAUCAGGUAUGUGGUCCCUCCUCCCAUCAGGUAUGUGGUCCCUCCUCCCAUCAGGUAUGUGGUCCCUCCUCCCAUCAGGUAUGUGGUCCCUCCUCCCAUCAGGUAUGUGGUCCCUCCUCCCAUCAGGUAUGUGGUCCCUCCUCCCAUCAGGUAUGUGGUCCCUCCUCCCAUCAGGUAUGUGGUCCCUCCUCCCAUCAGGUAUGUGGUCCCUCCUCCCAUCAGGUAUGUGGUCCCUCCUCCCAUCAGGUAUGUGGUCCCUCCUCCCAUCAGGUAUGUGGUCCCUCCUCCCAUCAGGUAUGUGGUCCCUCCUCCCAUCAGGUAUGUGGUCCCUCCUCCCAUCAGGUAUGUGGUCCCUCCUCCCAUCAGGUAUGUGGUCCCUCCUCCCAUCAGGUAUGUGGUCCCUCCUCCCAUCAGGUAUGUGGUCCCUCCUCCCAUCAGGUAUGUGGUCCCUCCUCCCAUCAGGUAUGUGGUCCCUCCUCCCAUCAGGUAUGUGGUCCCUCCUCCCAUCAGGUAUGUGGUCCCUCCUCCCAUCAGGUAUGUGGUCCCUCCUCCCAUCAGGUAUGUGGUCCCUCCUCCCAUCAGGUAUGUGGUCCCUCCUCCCAUCAGGUAUGUGGUCCCUCCUCCCAUCAGGUAUGUGGUCCCUCCUCCCAUCAGGUAUGUGGUCCCUCCUCCCAUCAGGUAUGUGGUCCCUCCUCCCAUCAGGUAUGUGGUCCCUCCUCCCAUCAGGUAUGUGGUCCCUCCUCCCAUCAGGUAUGUGGUCCCUCCUCCCAUCAGGUAUGUGGUCCCUCCUCCCAUCAGGUAUGUGGUCCCUCCUCCCAUCAGGUAUGUGGUCCCUCCUCCCAUCAGGUAUGUGGUCCCUCCUCCCAUCAGGUAUGUGGUCCCUCCUCCCAUCAGGUAUGUGGUCCCUCCUCCCAUCAGGUAUGUGGUCCCUCCUCCCAUCAGGUAUGUGGUCCCUCCUCCCAUCAGGUAUGUGGUCCCUCCUCCCAUCAGGUAUGUGGUCCCUCCUCCCAUCAGGUAUGUGGUCCCUCCUCCCAUCAGGUAUGUGGUCCCUCCUCCCAUCAGGUAUGUGGUCCCUCCUCCCAUCAGGUAUGUGGUCCCUCCUCCCAUCAGGUAUGUGGUCCCUCCUCCCAUCAGGUAUGUGGUCCCUCCUCCCAUCAGGUAUGUGGUCCCUCCUCCCAUCAGGUAUGUGGUCCCUCCUCCCAUCAGGUAUGUGGUCCCUCCUCCCAUCAGGUAUGUGGUCCCUCCUCCCAUCAGGUAUGUGGUCCCUCCUCCCAUCAGGUAUGUGGUCCCUCCUCCCAUCAGGUAUGUGGUCCCUCCUCCCAUCAGGUAUGUGGUCCCUCCUCCCAUCAGGUAUGUGGUCCCUCCUCCCAUCAGGUAUGUGGUCCCUCCUCCCAUCAGGUAUGUGGUCCCUCCUCCCAUCAGGUAUGUGGUCCCUCCUCCCAUCAGGUAUGUGGUCCCUCCUCCCAUCAGGUAUGUGGUCCCUCCUCCCAUCAGGUAUGUGGUCCCUCCUCCCAUCAGGUAUGUGGUCCCUCCUCCCAUCAGGUAUGUGGUCCCUCCUCCCAUCAGGUAUGUGGUCCCUCCUCCCAUCAGGUAUGUGGUCCCUCCUCCCAUCAGGUAUGUGGUCCCUCCUCCCAUCAGGUAUGUGGUCCCUCCUCCCAUCAGGUAUGUGGUCCCUCCUCCCAUCAGGUAUGUGGUCCCUCCUCCCAUCAGGUAUGUGGUCCCUCCUCCCAUCAGGUAUGUGGUCCCUCCUCCCAUCAGGUAUGUGGUCCCUCCUCCCAUCAGGUAUGUGGUCCCUCCUCCCAUCAGGUAUGUGGUCCCUCCUCCCAUCAGGUAUGUGGUCCCUCCUCCCAUCAGGUAUGUGGUCCCUCCUCCCAUCAGGUAUGUGGUCCCUCCUCCCAUCAGGUAUGUGGUCCCUCCUCCCAUCAGGUAUGUGGUCCCUCCUCCCAUCAGGUAUGUGGUCCCUCCUCCCAUCAGGUAUGUGGUCCCUCCUCCCAUCAGGUAUGUGGUCCCUCCUCCCAUCAGGUAUGUGGUCCCUCCUCCCAUCAGGUAUGUGGUCCCUCCUCCCAUCAGGUAUGUGGUCCCUCCUCCCAUCAGGUAUGUGGUCCCUCCUCCCAUCAGGUAUGUGGUCCCUCCUCCCAUCAGGUAUGUGGUCCCUCCUCCCAUCAGGUAUGUGGUCCCUCCUCCCAUCAGGUAUGUGGUCCCUCCUCCCAUCAGGUAUGUGGUCCCUCCUCCCAUCAGGUAUGUGGUCCCUCCUCCCAUCAGGUAUGUGGUCCCUCCUCCCAUCAGGUAUGUGGUCCCUCCUCCCAUCAGGUAUGUGGUCCCUCCUCCCAUCAGGUAUGUGGUCCCUCCUCCCAUCAGGUAUGUGGUCCCUCCUCCAUUUCAGCCCAUCAGGUAUGUGGUCCCUCCUCCCAUCAGGUAUGUGGUCCCUCCUCCCAUCAGGUAUGUGGUCCCUCCUCCCAUCAGGUAUGUGGUCCCUCCUCCCAUCAGGUAUGUGGUCCCUCCUCCCAUCAGGUAUGUGGUCCCUCCUCCCAUCAGGUAUGUGGUCCCUCCUCCCAUCAGGUAUGUGGUCCCUCCUCCCAUCAGGUAUGUGGUCCCUCCUCCCAUCAGGUAUGUGGUCCCUCCUCCCAUCAGGUAUGUGGUCCCUCCUCCCAUCAGGUAUGUGGUCCCUCCUCCCAUCAGGUAUGUGGUCCCUCCUCCCAUCAGGUAUGUGGUCCCUCCUCCCAUCAGGUAUGUGGUCCCUCCUCCCAUCAGGUAUGUGGUCCCUCCUCCCAUCAGGUAUGUGGUCCCUCCUCCCAUCAGGUAUGUGGUCCCUCCUCCCAUCAGGUAUGUGGUCCCUCCUCCCAUCAGGUAUGUGGUCCCUCCUCCCAUCAGGUAUGUGGUCCCUCCUCCCAUCAGGUAUGUGGUCCCUCCUCCCAUCAGGUAUGUGGUCCCUCCUCCCAUCAGGUAUGUGGUCCCUCCUCCCAUCAGGUAUGUGGUCCCUCCUCCCAUCAGGUAUGUGGUCCCUCCUCCCAUCAGGUAUGUGGUCCCUCCUCCCAUCAGGUAUGUGGUCCCUCCUCCCAUCAGGUAUGUGGUCCCUCCUCCCAUCAGGUAUGUGGUCCCUCCUCCCAUCAGGUAUGUGGUCCCUCCUCCCAUCAGGUAUGUGGUCCCUCCUCCCAUCAGGUAUGUGGUCCCUCCUCCCAUCAGGUAUGUGGUCCCUCCUCCCAUCAGGUAUGUGGUCCCUCCUCCCAUCAGGUAUGUGGUCCCUCCUCCCAUCAGGUAUGUGGUCCCUCCUCCCAUCAGGUAUGUGGUCCCUCCUCCCAUCAGGUAUGUGGUCCCUCCUCCCAUCAGGUAUGUGGUCCCUCCUCCCAUCAGGUAUGUGGUCCCUCCUCCCAUCAGGUAUGUGGUCCCUCCUCCCAUCAGGUAUGUGGUCCCUCCUCCCAUCAGGUAUGUGGUCCCUCCUCCCAUCAGGUAUGUGGUCCCUCCUCCCAUCAGGUAUGUGGUCCCUCCUCCCAUCAGGUAUGUGGUCCCUCCUCCCAUCAGGUAUGUGGUCCCUCCUCCCAUCAGGUAUGUGGUCCCUCCUCCCAUCAGGUAUGUGGUCCCUCCUCCCAUCAGGUAUGUGGUCCCUCCUCCCAUCAGGUAUGUGGUCCCUCUUCCCAUCAGGUAUGUGGUCCCUCCUCCCAUCAAAAUCAGCAGCGGCAGAGCACUCAAAAUCAUCCUUUUGAGUCGACUCAAAAGUCACUCCGUUUUGGGUGGUAUCCAGUCAUCCUCUUCUUCACACCAUUACCUCACUCUCAUCACAACCCCUUCCUUCUGGCCAGUGUUGCUCGUGACGCCAAGCUGCGACUGUGGGAUUGCCGCCACGUGAUUCCAUCCUCCAUCACCAUGGUUGCCGCGGCGCACAAGGCGACUACUUCUCUCUCCCCAACCUCCUCCUCCUCCUCCUCGUCGUCGUCUUCCUCGCCUUGCAUCGGCACGUGUCGCACGCCCACAGCCCCCUUUGCUCUCCUCCCCCUCCCGCCUCACCCCACCCAUGCGCUGUGCCUUGUGGUGGGCCGAGGCGGCAUAGCGGCUCUGGACUUGCUUUCAAUGAAACAGGUUCUCGCCCUCCCAUGUGGGUCCGCCCCUCUCUCCUCCUUCGCCUCCUCUCCAUCGCGCUGCAUCUUUGCAGCAGGCUCUGAGGAUGGGUGUGUCAGGCUGUGGCGCAUGGGGCAGGUGCGGGAGGAAGGGGCAGCGGAAAGAAUAAACACUGCAGGAGCAGCUGGGGCGGGAGGGCAGCUCUCAGCAGGCAUGCGAGAAUCUAAAGUGCUCUCAAACUGCUGCCAGGCAGGCGUGGCUGAGUUCACGCUGCUCGCCUGCUCAAAGGCGCACAUCAGUACAGUGGAUUUACUGUACGUGGACGGUUAUAAAUGCAUCAGUGGGAGCCGAGGGGACGGAGUGUUGUGUGUGUGGGAUGUGGAGACUGGGGAGGAGAUUCGCACGUUGGACGCUACUGUUCUCCCCCCCUGGCUGGUGGAAACCGAUGAUGCUAGUAACGAGGGUCAUGGUGAUGGUGGUGGUGGUGAAGCUGCUGCUGGUGGUAACCUUACAAAUGCUGGUAACAGCAGCGAUUCAACAGCGGAUGUUGACCUUAUAGGGGAAGGUGGUGCUACAGCUGAUGUUGCGACUGCUGGCGAAAGUAGGGGCAAUGCUCCUGAGACCGUGAGGCGAGUUCUAGUGGAGAAAACAGCCAUUCGCAACCCAUUAAGGCCGUCCUCGCUGAGGGCUUCCUCGGAAAACACGUUCCCCGGCCCCAUUGCUUCCCCCUCAGGUGGACCGUCCAAUUCCGUCCUCACCGAUCUCUCCUCCGCCAUUGCUCUCUGCAACCGCAUCGUCCAUCUAUCAGGCCCUUACCCUACCUCUACUUCCCCUCACCGGCACUCCGCAUCCCUCCCCAGUUCCCCCUCCGCCUCCCCUUUCCACGCGACCGGCCCCCCUCUUCCGCCCAUUCGGAACGCCGCCCUCCGUGUAUCUGCCGAGCGUGUUUCGAAACGAACCAAGCAGCUCCUGCCGAUCCUAAUUCAGCUGCAAGGCGCACUCAGAGCGUUGGUGGGAGGAGCUCAGUGGGAGGGGAGGAAGACGGCGGAGGAGUCAGAGCAGGGGGAGGCGGAUAUGGAGUGGGAGGAAUGGGAGGGGGAGCACGAGGAGGGGGAGAUGUUGAAGGAGGACAAGGAGAAACAGGUGAAGGGUAUGGGCGGCCGAAACAGCGCUGAGGCUGCUGGGGGGGGUAGAGGCGUGCAGAGCGGUAACAGGGCUGCUAGCACCUCUGCUGCCUCUGCCCACACUCCCACAUCCCCUAAUGCCGUCCCCGCCGCCGUCGCAGCUACUGCUGAUGCUGCUGCAGCUGCGGCUGGCGCUAGUGACGAUGGGGGCAGGGGCCGCGCAGCCGCUACAGCCUCAACACCUGCUGCGGCCACUGCUCUCUCAGCUCCCAGCGCCUCUUCCCCUCGUAGUUCUACCGCCACUGGAACUUCUGUCUUUUCUGCCGGCCCAGCUGCCGCCCGCCAGCUGGUCGUCUCGCUCUCCCGGGGAUCUGCGCUGGAAAAGCGGACGGCGCUGAGGGCGCUUCUGGAGUUAUCUGAGUCGUCGGAUGCGGGGAAGCUGCACGUGACUGCAGCAGGGGUGGUUCCUGUGAUUGCUGUGCUGCUCAGUCAUCCAGACCUGGGAGCCAGCUUCGGCAGCAGCAGCUUCGGAAGCAGCGGGGGGGCAGCGGGGAUAGGUGGUGCAGGUGGCCCGGUUAUCGCAACCAGGACUGGGAGUGGUACCAGGAGUGCUAGAACGUCGAGCAUAGGGGAAGAGCUUAAGAUAGUCUCUUUGCAACUGCUCCUAUCGCUCGUAUCUCUUGAUGAGAACCGAGCCGUGGUGGCGAAGGCUGGCUGCGUCGCGAUCCUAGUCAGCAUCCUCCGAACCGGAUCGCCGGACCUGCGCGCCGUGGCUGCGCGGGUGCUUUGGAAGGUGGCAGUGGGAGGAGGGGGAGGGGGAGGGGGAGGGGGAGUGGGAGUGGGAGGGGGCGGCAGCGACAACUCCAGGGCGGCGAUUGCGGCGAGUGAGGCGAUUCCAUCGCUGGUGGCGAUUCUACAGUCGCAGACAGACGCUGCAGUGAAGCAGGAUGCUGCUGACGCCAUUGCUCACCUCACAGCCAACAACGAGAAGAACCAGGUGAGAGUGAGAGAGGAGGAGGAAGGGGCGGGAGAGUGGGGGGCUCUGGGCUGGGCAAUGCGUGGGCAGGGGGCUGAGAGGGGAGAGGGAGGGGGGAGAGGGGGGCCGAGAAUGGAGGGAGAGGGAGGGGGGAGAGGGGAGCCGAGAGUGGAGGGAGAGGGAGGGGGGGAGAGGGGGGCCGAGAGAGGGGGGAUCUAUGCUGAACUAGAGGUGGGCACGCUGGCAGGAGAGGUGGGCACGCUGGCAGGAGAGGUGGGCACGCUGGCAGGAGAGGUGGGCACGCUGGCAGGAGAGGUGGGCACGCUGGCAGGAGAGGUGGGCACGCUGGCAGGAGAGGUGGGCACGCUGGCUGCUGUCUCAGGGAGGAACAGCAGCGACAACAAGCUUGCCAUUGCUGCUCUUCCUCCCUCCAUCGCAUACCCUCUUUCUCACCCUUCCAUGCACACACCGUCUCUCGUCUCUCUCCACCCGCCCUACUCUCCCCUCAUCCCCACUUCAGAUGGCAGUGGCGGAAGCAGGGGCCAUCCCAGCGCUGGUAACCAUGUUACGGGAUGGCAGCACGGGCGAGCAGGAGAGGGCGGCUCUGGCGAUGGCAGUGGCGGAAGUGGGUGCCAUCCCAGCGCUGGUAACCAUGUUACGAGAUGGCAGCACGGGCGAGCAGGAGAGGGCAGCUUUAGCGGUGGGCCCGCUGGCAGUGAACAGCAGCGACAACAAACUCGCCAUCGCUGCUGCCUUCACUCCCUCGCAUACCCUCUUUCUCACCCUUCCAUGCACACACCCUCUCUUGUCUCUCUCCACCCGCCCUACUCUCCCUACCCCCCCCCCCCUCUCCCCUCAUCCCCACUCCAGAUGGCAGUGGCGGAAGCGGGUGCCAUCCCUGCGCUGGUAACCAUGUUACGAGACGGCAGCACGGGCGAGCAGGAGAGGGCGGCUCUGGCGGUGGGCACGCUGGCAGUGAACAGCAGCGACAACAAGCUCGCCAUCGCUGCUGCCGGCGCCGUGCCUCUGCUGCUCGACCUGCUCUUCCACUCCGUUGCUGCUGCUGCUGCUGCUGCUGCUGCUAACACUGCUUCUGCUGCAGGGCGAUCAGGGCGAGAAGGGCGAGAAGGGCGAGAAGGGCAAGCAGAGCAAGCCUUCUCUGUCGAGCCUUCUCCUCGAGCAGCCACAGCAUCGGUCUCUCUCCCACCCUUCCACUCCACUUUUUCGUCCUCCUCCGCGCCUCCUUUGCCUGCCGCCAUUGCCAAGACCUGCGCCUGGACGCUCUACGUCCUCUCCUCCGACUUAGUCUCAGCCUCGUUCAUCCUCGCUAAUGACGGGCUCGAGAUAGUGUAUAAGGUGUACAAGGAGGGCCCGUCGGAGGCGCAGUUCUGGGCGGGACACAUGCUGCAGCUGCUGGAUCCCACGUUCCGCCGCCCGGAGAAGCAGGCUAGCUCUAGGAGGCUGUGGGGAGUGGGGGGAAAGGGAGGGUGGGGGGGAGGGGGGGGUGAGGGGAGUUUGUUGGAGAGCCAGGGGAGGAAGGGGGAGUGA